AUGAUCAAUCUAAUGAGUAUCAUUAUUUAAUUUCAAUUCAUAGAUUAGAUUUAUUUGUUCACAAUUUAUUUUGAUUCUAAGGGAAAUUAAUUUAUAUAUAAUUGUCCCCAGCAUUUGUUGAAACCUCUUAUUAAUCUUAAAUCGAUUUGAUUAAAAUUUUUUCAAAGAAUUUAUUAAGUAUUUUACAUUUUAUCAAAGAUAAACUUAUUGUUUAAAUAUAUAAAAAACGAGCGAAAAGGAUUCCUCAAUAAUUAUUUUCUUUUUAAGUUAUAAUUUAAGUUCUUUAAGAAGAGGUAUUCAAUAUGCAAUGA